AUGUCAUUCAAUGGUUGCCCAUUUCAGGGAAUCGAGAGUCUUAGUGCAGAGGCUCGAAAAUCCAUCGGAAACGGGCGGUCUCUCGACGCGUUUUUGAUGGACGUGACAAGUGACGAGUCGGUUGGAAAAGUAGCCAGAAGACUUGAAGAGAAAUGUGAAAAGUUUGGAGGAUUACAUGCUUUGGUGAACAACGCUGGAAUCACCGGAAAACAUAUAGCCGACGAUUUUUUGGAUAUGAAUGAAUAUCUGAAAGUAGCAGAAAUCAACUUGUGGGGACCGGUUAGAGCUACAAUGGCUGUCAAGAAACUUUUGAAAAAAGCACGAGGACGAGUGAUUCAAGUAGCCAGUAUUUGUGCUCGUGUUGGACUCCCAGGUCUUGGUCCGUAUACAGUAUCCAAGUACGGUGUUUCUGCAUAUUGUGAUGUUAUUCGGCAAGAAUUACGGCCAUUCGGGAUCUCUGUUCACAUUUUGGAACCCGGAUUUUUUGAUACUCCUUUGAUAAAUAGGCAGAAAAUUGAUGCUGAAAUCUCAGAAGCAUGGGAGCAGGCACCUUCUGACGUGAAGAAAGAAUACGGAGAGAAGUUUUUCAAUGAUGCUCGCCAAUCCACUCAACUCUUCCUGAAUUCGAUUGCUUCUUCUCAAAUUUCUCUGGUUAUCGAUGCAUAUUACCAUGCAAUCACUGCAAAAUAUCCACGAUCCAGAUAUCAAAUCGGAUGGGACAGCAUUUUAUUGUUUAUUCCGUUCUCCUAUCUUCCAACAGGACUACAAGAUUACAUUUUCGCAGCCGCAGGUCUAUUCCUGCCGAAACCGGCUUGCCAUUGA